AAAAACACGAUGAGAGUGAGAGAGAGAAAAUAAAGACAUUUUAGACUUCAAGUCCUCCCAGCUCACUAGAAGUAUUGACGUUCAGCGCUACUUUCGACCAGGGUGGGAUAGUUGUGGCGGGCCAUAAAGAAGACUUCGCUGCUCAUCUACACACCCAAAAGGACAACAUAAACAUUCUUUUUUUCUGUAAUAUUUCGCUGACAACGCGGAAGCCGUGUAUCAAGGCGCUGAUCAAAAUGUUUCGUUGCUUUGCAAAAAAAAAAAAGGAAAUAAAGAAGAAUACUUCACUUUUCAUGUCUGUGGUUGAGGGAUAGUGGCUCUAGUUUUGAAAGGAUAUAUUUCACGUGGAUGUCCCGGGAUCCUGCGCAUCGGGAAGAGAUCUACUUUCUUUAUCAUCGGUCAAACGUUGAAUGAAGACUGCCAACGCUGGUAAUGAAGCUUGUCUUUCUAAAGUGAUUGGCGAACUGUGUGGAACUUGGAUUUCUUGCUGUGACUUUGAUGUUUAAGUUGCAAGUGUCAACAGGUGAACAUCCAGAAAUGACCUGAACCAUCCUCAAAAGAAAGCUAACCUAGAAUGGUGAAGUGAAUAAAACUUUCAGACAAUGAACUAUUAUGAAAGCAUUAUUCAAAAUAACAAAAAUGUAGAAUGAACAACAAAAGACGUAACUCUGUAAUACAGUUGUGUCCCUUGUUUUAAAGGACGCACUAAUGUAAGGAUCGUUGCAUGGAGUUAGCUGUUGCAUCAUGGGACAAGACUUCUCUCUGGAGGAGCUUAAAACGAGUAUCAAAUUUGAGGGAACAUUGGACCAACUUCUCUCCAGCCUGGGGAAGCGCGUCAAGAGAGACAACUCAGCUCACCCAGAUGGAUACAUUGUGUACACGCGGCAUCGCACCCGCAGUGGGGCGCCCACCAUCAACAGAUGGUCAUAUGGAGAGGAAGAACUCCGGCGCUUUGAGGUGGAAAAUGAUGGGUUCCCCUUUGCAGCAACCGAAGAAGAAAUUCGUCAAUUCGAUAAGGCAUUUUUUCAUGGGAAACCAGCCAAACCCAAGAAAUCAUGGGCUAAAAGCUUUUCGGAAGGGACACCACUGGCCUCGCUGCGCCGUCUUCAAGUGCCGUCAAGGCCAAAGUUCAUUGAUAAGUUUCUUCUUGGGGCGUCUAGCUUGUCCAGGAAGUCUUCUGGAAAGCUAAAAAAAUCUCCGUCGGUUUCUUCCCAAGACUCUUCCAAGUUUUACUUGGACUUUCCGGAAGAUCAGAGUGAUGUAGGAUCAACGUGUGAUUCAGUUAGCCAGUGUUCUUCUAGCUUCGAAGGGCACAGUGACCACACAGGCUAUCUUGAUGUCAACUGUCAGGGUGAUGACUAUGAUGACGAGGCAGCACUAGACGAAGUAGUUGAAGAUUCUGACGGUGGAGAAAGCAGUCAUACGUCCUUAGAAAUUUGCAGUCAACUGAAUGUCUCAUCAGAGGAUCAAAGCUCGGAACUACAACUAAAGAACCAUCUCCAUGAUUACUCAGUAGAGGAGAUUAUUUAUGAUAUAACAGACGCAGAGCAACAGUUAAUAACAGACGCAGAGCAACAGAUAAUAACAGACGCAGGGCAACAGUUUAACUCGGACCAUGAACAUAUCAUAAAGAUCAGCUGCAACUCAGUUGAAAUUAGUGACAGCCAAAGUGUAGGUGCCCUUGACAUUCCUGCUGUCUCUGACAGCCCCACAGAAGCACAAGAAAGCACUUCAGACAGCCCCACAGAAGCACAAGAAAGCACUUCAGACGAGCCCCCAGAACCUUCCCUUGUCACAAAGGGUUUCGUUAAAAGACAGUGUCAAGUUUUCUUGCAAUCACUUCAGCCUUCAGAAUCAGCUCGUGAUUCUUUAGAUCUUAGCAGAAAGGUCAAGAGAUCUUCCAGUGAACUUAACCCCAACAGUUCUCUCUGUGGUCAGUACAGAAGACCAUUAAGCCCUCACAGCGAUAACCCUGACAAAUGGUCCAAAAGUCUAUAUGACAUCUCUCGUAACAAUAAAUUUACUGAAGCAGUCAUGGCUAAAGGCUACGUGAAGGCGCUGUCAGAGCAGAUCAAUCAACAAGGAGCAUUGAAACUCGAGGUUGACGACGAUGAUGCUAAAAAGGACGCACUUGAAGAGUCCGACGAGGAUGCCGUUUUCUUGCACCAGUUUAAAGAUCAGGGUUUAAGGCAAAGUUUUGUCAAAGAUUUAAUACAGGCAGCCGAAAGCCAAUCUUCAAAAGAAAACAGUAGUGGAAACUGUAAACCUCCAACAGUCAAGAAGCCUGGAGGUUAUGACCAAUCUCCACAUUCAGAACACAACUCUCCAUCUUCAGUUUCAUGUCACAAUUUAAGUUCUCAAACUGGAAUAAAUGGAGAUUCAUCAUUAAAUAAAUCAACAUCUUCUAACAUCAACCCAACCCCAAAAUUGUUUAUAAAGAAAACACCAGAGAAUGCUCUUUCACACAGCCGUAGCCUCCAUUUAUCCCAGUCCAGUAGCACAACAAAACAUUCUCCAAGCAAGGCAUCUUCAGUGAGGUCACACAGCACGACAUCACCUGGAGACAAACCUCACGUGGACUACAACAGCAAACCCAAAAAAUUGUCAUUGACUCCAGAAUUAACACAAAUGCUCAACGUAAAGGCUGAUUCACCUUCCGAGUCAUCUUUAGCGCACAAUGAAUCAUCCGUUUCAAAGUUUUCAGUUACAACAAACACAGUCGGGUCUCCAUCUGAGAUUAAACAUAGUGAAACUCAUGUGGCUAAACACAGUGAAACUCAUGUGGCUAAACACAGUGAAAUUCAUGUGGCUGAAUACAGUGAAAUGAGUGAGGCUAAACACAUUGAAAUUCAUUUGACUUAUCCCAAUGAAACAUCGCAUAAACACGCGGAUAUUCUCGUGACUAAACACAACACAACUUAUGUGACUACACACAGUAAAACACAAACACCUAAACACACGGAAACACAUGUUUCAUCACCUUCUUCUCACCCAACGUCACCCAUUUCUAAGUCAUCAAACUCAUCCUUGCCACAUCCCAUCUCUUCCCCUGGCACACACAUCUCAGCGUUACCUUCAGAGUUGCAGAUGACUUCCAGAAAUGAGUCCAACAAAAGUUGUGCUGGCACACAGCGUGAGGAUUCUGAAAGCUCAACUUCAUCCUCCAAUAGUCAUAACCUGGAGGUUUCAAUGCGGGUGUCGUCCACACGAAGUAGUCAGCAAUAUAGAGACUCUGUUUUCAACACUAUAUAUGACAAUGCUCCUGCUUUAAAUGCAGCGGAACUAUUUGACUCCAGUUGGUCAGAUUCUGAUAGCAUGGAUGAAUUUAGUGAUGGUGAGGAGAAACAGGAAGACAGGAAGAAAGUUGAGGAGAAGAAAAAGAAAGAGGAAGAAAAGAAAGAACCAUCUGUGUCUGAACAAGUGGAUGUAGCUGCUGAAGAUAAGAGAUUUAGAAUAGCUUCAGAACUAUUACAAACAGAGAGAGACUAUGUAGCCAGACUUCAUCUUCUACAUCAGGUAUUUUAUUUCACAUUAGACAAAGAGAAUCGUCAGCAACAAAUGUUUCCCCCAGACACACUGAGACACAUGUUUUCUAAUACAAAAAGUAUUUUCCUAUUUCACAACGACUUUCUGCUACCUCAGUUGGAAGAUAGAAUGAAAAAUUGGAAUGCUGAUCCGAGGAUAGGAGACCUGAUGAAGAAGAAUGCACCUUUUCUCAAAAUGUACACAGAAUACAUUCGUAAUUUUGACCGUGCCAUGAAACUUAUUAAUCAGUGGAUGGAAAAGUCUGUUCGUUUUUCUGAAAUCAUUAGAGACAUUCAGAAAAAACCUGAAUGUGGUUCCCUGUCCCUGCAACAUCACAUGUUAGGACCCAUACAGCGUGUACCAAGAUAUGAACUGUUAUUGAAAGAUUAUGUUAAACAUUUGCCUGAAAAUUCACCAGAUAAAAGUGAUGCCAAAGAUGCCUUAGACUUAGUCACAAAAGCUGCAUGUCACUCCAAUGAAGCUAUGAAAAAAAUUGAAACAUUCCAUAAGUUACUUGACAUCUACCAGAGUUUACGAGGAGAUGUACCAGUUGAUUUUAUCUCUCCUACAAGAGAGUUUGUAACUCAGGGACCAGUCACUAAAAUUUCAGCCAGAAGUGGUGAAAAACAACCAAGACAGAUCAUUCUAUUCAAUGACAUGGUCCUUGUCUGUGCCUACAUUCUUGGCGCAUACAGCGUGAGAUCUGUUUUAGAAGUGGACAGCCUAGAGAUCAAGCCAGGUAACAACAUGCACAUUCCAAACACAAUGAUGUUACGUAGUAAACAGAAAGCUGUGGAAUUAUUAGAUGAAAAUCCAAGUGGCGAACUGAUGGGAUGGAAGGUGAAAUUCGAAGAUGUUAUUGCUAACUACAAGCAGAGGAAAAGAUUUAUCAAGUCUAUUGAUGUUACAGAUGAUUCCAGUGAGACCAAUAUGCCUGAAAGUUGUCUGGGUAAGACAGCUCCAGUUUGGAUACCUGAUGAUGCUGCCACAAUGUGUAUGCUUUGCCAAAGCACUUUCAAUAUGGUUCGUAGGCGGCACCACUGCAGGUCUUGUGGCAAGCUAAUUUGCAAGUCAUGCUGUAAGAAAGCUCCACUGGAGUACAAGAAAAUGAAGAUUGACAGAGUUUGUGUUCUGUGUUAUGAUGUCAUUGUUAAUAAAAGGGGAGCAACUGAAACUUCUUCUGUUGUUGAUAAGAAGAAAGGUGUACUACAGGUAAAGGCAAGUGAUCCAGGACUUCUCUGUGGCUACAUGCAUUGUAGCACUGACAAUGGAGUGUCUUGGUCCAAACUGUGGGUGUCAGCUCGCAAUGAUUUCGCUCUGUACACAUUUAGAGCUCAUGAGGAUGUCAGUGCUAUUGGUUCCUUGCCUUUACCUGGACAUGAGGUUGAAUGUUUUGGAGAGUAUGAAAACAAGCAAAAUGUCUUUGGUUUAAAACACAAGAAUAAAAUUGUCUUCUUCUUUCAAGCUGACAAUGACAAAAAAUUGAAAAGAUGGGUUUCAUUGUUAAGCAAAUUGGUCAAAGCUGAACUACCAGAAGAAUCCUCCAGGCUGUCCUCACAAUCCAACACAAGUAACACAUCAUCUGACAACAUUGCCACUGAAGGUGGCAACAACCGCAAUAGCACGCACUCUGGCAGCCAGGCUGACUCAGGCUAUCCUGGAGACAGUAACAGCAGUCUGGCAGCUUUAGCUGCAGAGGACAUUGACCAUGAGAGUGCUGAUGGGGUCAGUCAGUAUGACAAUAUUGAUGCUGUGGUCAGUGAAUAGAAGCAUCUUCAAGAAAUGAAAGAAAACACAAUAGAUGAUUAUUUAUUUCCAAGUGUAGAAAGUCUUAAGGACAAUGUACCUAUAAGAAUAAAGAAAAAACAGAUUGAAACUGUUGGUAUGUUUCAGCUUUAAGCACAUUUACACCUGCAUCUUAUGAUAGAAUAUCUAUAUGAAUUUUCAUUUUCCUUAUUCAGUUAUCAUAUUUAGAGGGAUAAACCUUUUUUUACCCUCAUCAGGAACAUCUAUGCAAGCUUUUGUCAGGACCAAUAUAUAUUUCCAUGUCAACCAUUGGUAAAUUAGGUUUUGUAGUUUUAAUGAAUUUUGUUUUCUAAAUUUAAUUUGUUAAAGUGGUUUUUUUUUGGCAGUUCACAUUAUUACCAUAUUUACUAUUAUAAAUACCAUGUUGAGAAUAAUAGGCCUACAUAUUAUUUUCAUAAUUUUGUUGCAUUUUUUCACUUUAAACAGCACAAAAAAAUAUAUUUUAGAGAAACUUGGUCUAUAGAUUCAGCUCUGAUAGAAUUUGUUAACUAGUAGUUUGAAGACAAAAGCCUUGCCUUAAUUACAGGCCUAUUUUAUUUGAUUUUUUUUAAGCUGAAGAUUUCAUUUCCUUCUACCAUAAAAUAAGCAUAAUAUGAUUUGAUAGUUAUGCUAUGGAAUGUAGAAAGCAAUUAGUAGUUUAUUUAAGAUUUGAACACACUUUUGCAAUGUAUUUUAGCUGUUUCCAAACAAGUAAUCAUAUUUUAUUAGAAAAAUGGUAAUGUAAAAUUCCUUAAUAUACUUUUGGAACUAUUAAUCACAUUUCAAUGCUGCUUUCAGGUGAUUUGUAGUUAAAAUCCCAAAGUAAUAAACAAUUUAUAGUUAUUUUGUUUUGUUACAUGCAAUGUGAAAAGUAUUUUUUUAAGUAAGAAAAUACUUGUGAACUAUAGUGUCUUUAUUUGCAUUGGGAACUUGGUGUCAAGCUGUAAUCUGUUAUUUUAUUGCUAUGUGCUCCAUCUAAAAAAUAAUGCUACUACACUUUGUGGCCAAAGUUACGAGCUGUAUUAUGCCUCUUCUUUUUUUUGACAUGAUAAUUACUUGAUGGCAUUUGUAUAUAAAAACUGUGCAAUAUCUAGUCGUCUUCUGUGACCAUUAUGUUGUGCAUGUUGUGGACUGAAAGAUGCUUCUCUGAAUUCCAUGUUUUUUGCUGUAACCAGUUUGAAAUUUUUAAAGGGUUUACUCAGAGACUAUCUAUUGAAGCCUAUGUAUGUGUUUAGCUUUCUGUGAUGGCUGUUUAGCUUGACCCUCAAUGUACAAAAAAGAGCUUAGAUAUUUAUCUCUAUUUCUUUUUUUUUUUUCCCUUUCUUGUUUUUGCACAUUUUCUUCAUUGCUGUAUUCAUUUUUUGAUGUUGUGGAAAGUCAAAAAAAUUUUUUUUUAUUUAGUUGUCAAAAUAAAAUAAUAUUAAAAUGUAUUUUAAGAUGUAGAACAAGUAAGACAGUAUUAAUAUGGUGAUCUUUCUAUUUAUUUCAAAAGCCUGAUUAUUGCUUUAAUGUUUUCCGCUUGUAAGCCAUGUAUGAUCAGCUGCUAACUUCCAAUGUGAAUUAUUCUUCAUGUGUGAAUCUUAAUCUUCUGACACUCUAAAUUUACAAUCAUGUAAAUGUUAGGACAUAGGUCUGUUUCCAAACCAUGUAACUGAUGAUUAUGAUUUAAAAGUUUAAUUUUCAGUAGCCUACAUACUUAGUAUUCUGUUAAAUUUCUUUGAACUCAAUAUUAUUAGGUUUUUUUAUUGCUUUAUGUCGGUGAAUCCCAAAAUAUGGCCCACAUCCGCCCGCGACGUGGUUUCCUCCACUGGCCUGCCAAAACGUUGGCACAAAGCAUACAGGGAUAACUUUCAGAUAUCCCAUUAAUGAAUGUAAGACUAGAUCCACAGGUUUCUAAUAAAAUUGUUUCAGGCCAAGUUCAUUUCAUUUUUUGUACAUUUUUCGGUCAUGUGGCCCGCGACAUGAGGGCUGGAAAAAUAUUUUGAUCCACAGGUCAAAUUAGGUUGGGCAUCACUGCUUUAUGUUGUUAAGUGUAUUUUUGUGUAACUUUGGCUAUAGGUUUUUAUUGUUUAAAUGUGUACAUUAAAUCAAUCAACGAAAACUUCCAAAUUUUAUCUACAGCCUAAAAAAGCUCAAUAUAAAUGAAAUUUAGUUUCUUUGCAUAUGUCAUAAACAUAGGGUAAUCUUCAGCCUGGUCAUGCAGUAUGUGUGCUAGACUGUUGCUUGCUUGUCUUGGUGAUACCUUGCCCACUGCCAUCCCCCGUCGUCCUGCAGAAGGUUUGGAUUAGCAAGUAGAUUAUCUUCAAUUCUGAAGGAUCAUCCAAAAUGUAAAACAAACAAACAAAAAAAGUAGCAUAAAAUUAACCAUUUUGUAGUCCUAAUACUUUUUAAAAUAAUGAUUUAUUGUCAUUCACUUCUAAUGAAAAUAGUCAACAAGCAAAAAAAGUAUUUUCUGUUUUUUAUAUUAACUUAAAAACAACAACUGAACUACUAGAUAACAAUCUUUGCAAAUAUUUAAAUGUUAUUUACAGAUUCAGAUGUAGGUAGCAAGUAGAUUUUGUGUGCUGUAUGAUAACCUAAGUAUAUUUUAAAUAUAUACAUCUUUUUUUCUAUGUUUGUACCAUUCAGUUUCAUAAAGUAUUUCAAAGCUUUGCAUAAUAGAGAUUCUAUUACUUACUAGUAUCAAUAUUUUUUUCUAGAAGUAUUUUAGCAUAGGAGUAUUUAAAAAGAUGUUUAUUGUGUAUAGUUUAUUUCAUUUAGAACCUAACAUUCAUUGAAUAUUUUAAAAUUUCCCCAGUGAAGCUUAUGACCUAAAUUAUAUUGAUACAAAUACAGAAGAUUGAAUGUGUCCAGGGCUAUAAGAUACUUAUCUAUAACAUACUUAUCAAAGUUGAUUUCUUCCAUUCCAUAGUGUGUCUAUUUCAUCUCAGUGUGUAUUCAAGUGGGAUUUUUUUUGUCUUAGUUAAAAGGAAUAUUUUUAUAUAAACAUUUCGAUGAGAAACAAUGAAAUUUGUCUGCUAUUGUUGAUUUGAAUUUAAAUUAUAUUAUUUAUCAUCCAGAAAUUAUUUGCAUAUUUUUUAUGUUUUCCCUCAUGUAAAUACUAUACAUAUUUAAUGCAAGAUAAAACUAGAUAUGAAUGUUAAUUUUAAUUUUGAUACACUUCAUAUACAUUAAAUACAUGUUCUACAGACA